UCAAUGGUUAUCAAGAUUUUACUUUUUUCUAUUCAUUAAAAAAUUAUUCCAAUUUGGUCUAGUCGAAAUUAGAAUUCCAACUUCGUCUGGACGAAUUUAGAAUUCGGCUGAAUUCUAACUUCGGCCACAACAUAUAUAUUUAUUUAUUUUUAUUAAAUAUUUUUUUUUCAUUAGGCAUUACAACGACUUGUUGAAAAAAAUGCUAAUGGUAAAACCCCAUUUAUAAUUGCAAUUGAAAAAGGUUCAUUAAAAUGUAUUAAAUAUAUAUUAAGUAGUAAAUGGUUACAUCGAAAUAUUGAUAUAGGAGAUUUUAUAAAUGCUGAUUCAUUAAAAACAACUAUUGAUAAAGAUCAAUUAGAUAUAGCAUCAUAUUUUGUAUCGGAUACACAACGUUUUGCAGCAAUAAUUCAAAUAAAAAUAAAUGCUAAUGGUCAUAUUUAUAAUGCACUUGAAUAUUCAAUAGCAUUAAAAAAACCUGAUUUCGUUCGAAUAUUUAUUAGUGUUAGAAUUCCUAGUGAAGAACGUGAACUUUAUCGAUCAUAUAAAUAUUUUUUAAAACAUUAUAAUGUUGCUUAUUCAGGUUCAAGUUAUGAUCAAACACCUAUACAACGAAUGUUGACUAUGGUAAGUAAAGAAAUAGAAAUAAUUGAUAUUGUUUAA